AUGUUCAGAAAUUUGUGGAAUAUUACACAGCAGUAUGCCUAUAGCUAUCCAAUCUGUAUCUAUAAAAGAUUUCUUACUUUGAUUAAGAGAACAAAUGGACAAUUAAAUAUACAACAAAAAAUGAAUAUGACGACAAUUAAAUUAAAAAGAUAUAUACUUAUAUCUCUAACAAAAAUAUAUUUAGAUUUAAUUAUAGAUUGUAAAGCAGGUGAUAGAUUAUAUUUUAUUUAUAGAAUAAUAAUAAUAGUAUUAUUUAUAUAUACUUUUAUAAAUAAUAAUCCUAGCCUUUUAUUAGAAUUAUUAGAUAAUCUUAAUUAUAAUUAUUUAAACCAAUUAUAUGAUGAUUCCUUUAUAAAGAUUAAUAGAGGUAAAUUUAGUUAUACUUGAAAUGAGUUUAAUCAAAGAUCUAGAGGUUAUAAUAAUGGUUCAGGUGGACCUAAUCAUAAUCCUAAUCCAUCUUUAUAUGAAGUUGAAAAUACUAGAAAACGGUUAGAAGAAGAAAAUAAACAGUCAGGUGAACCUUCUCGUAUGCAAUUUAAACCCAGUGAACUUGAAAAUGUACGUUUAGGUGAUAAUCCAUCUAGGGUAUUUCAGUUUUGUUACUAUAGUUCAGUUGAGAAAAGAAUGGUUUAUCCUGAAGACUUUCAUCCUGGUUUACCUAUAUUGUUAAAUCAUGAUAGAUUUCGUGUAUAUAUAGAUAAUGGUAUAAGUUAUACUUAUAAUUAUAGAUCUUUAGACCCAUCUCAACAUUAUUGUAUGAUAGAAUAUCUUGAUGGGAGUAAAUGUUAUCUAAACGAUGCAUCUAAAAUUGCAGCAAAUAUAGAAUAUCAUAGACGUCCUAUUAAAGAUCCGUCUUAA